AUGCUAAGUCCAAUUCCAAUCUCAUUGGAAGACAUGUUUUACCUCGAUAAUUUGAAUUCUGAAGAUAAUGAGAAGUUUAGUGCAACACGUAAUCGACUAAUUCAUUUCAUCGCAGAGCACCAUGAAAAAGAGCAAAAAUUGCAAGCUGAUAUUAUCGUACAAUUUAACGAACUUCGCAUGCUGAGAGAAGCAGUGAAAAAACAAUAUCUGGAGGCUGAAGAGAACAAACAAGCACUUGAACUUCAAACCAAGCAAAUAACAAUGGAAUACGAAGCUGCAAGGAAAGGUCAAGAGAAGCGAUACCAAGAUAUGAUAUUCAAAUUAGAAGUAACAAAACAACAAGCAGCAGAAGAAGAAAAAGGUUAUGAAUUUGCUUGUGUAGAGUUGGAAACUCGAAACAAAGCAAAGAAAACAGGUCUAAAAGAACAAUGCCAGCAACUUUGGAAAAAGGUUGAAGAUGAGAGAGGAGUUUGUAAGAAAGUAGAGAAAUGCUGUAAAAUCGCAAAGAACGAGUUCCUUCUCCGUCCUGUUAUUAUUGGUGCUCUGGGUGCUGGUGCCGGCGCUGCUGCUGGUGGUGUUGUUGGUGCUGUUGCUGGUGGUGCUGCUGGUUAUGUUUUAGGUCCCUGUGCUAUUGCCACAGCUGCUGCUGGCGCUGCUGCUGGUGUUACUAUUGGUGGUAUUGGUGGUGCUCUUAUUACUCUUCAUAGGUUUCGUAAAAAAUGA